AGAGUGAAAUAUUCAAGAUGGCGGUCCAUUUAUCUGAGGAAAACGGAGCUAUUUUACAUCUCUCCGAUGUAGAGAAAAACUCCAAAGAAUUAAAUGAACGUGGAAAAGAUGCUUUGAAACCUCCAACCGCAUCUUCCAAGAUCGAAAUAUUGUGCAAAACGCUGGCGUUCCUCAUUGUUCUUUGUUUGUUUUGUAUUCAUCUCGCGCGAGUUCUUCGCGAAGGUACGGUACCGGCUUGCUAUUUUAUUAGAUUUUCUGUGAAUCAAACGCCGCUGCUUGUUUACAUAAUUAUUAAGCGUUUUUUUUUUCAUUUUAUCUUGUGGUAUCGCGAUAUUCUGGAAUUCGCUGUUCAUUGUUUUGGACACGUGUCGAUCGCGAUCGAAGAUUGCCCCAAAAAGCAAUUAAGCUUAUGUAUGAGACUUUCAGUUAAAUUGCUUACAUAUAAUGACUGUUCUAAGUAUUUAGAAAAACGCUAGCUUAAAAACAUAAGUCAAUUUUUAAAAAAAAUGUUACUCCGGAAUGUUGUUUCAAUUGAUAUAUGUUUAGUUAGUAACACUACAUUAACGAGUACUUGACAUGAAGCUUCAAUAAUGAAAAAGACAUGAUGUUUUAUAAGGGAACAUAACGGUCAUCUCAUUUGGGCAAUUUGUACCAGUCGUAUAAAUAUCUUCUGUUAGGAGGUUGCUCUUUUCCCUUCUUAUCUUUUUGUAAGCAGCAAAAAUUUUCUGCAUUUCUUUGCCAAUGCUUUUUGCCAGGAAAAAUCUCAUUUCCAAGCAAAGGCUAAAAGUACUUGGUCAAUAACAUAAAUAUUUAUUUGGGCCUUAUAGGUACAUGUGGGUUUAGCCGGUGUGGGGAGGGGGCUCGGGUUGGUCCAAAUCCUGUUAACCUUUACCCCUGUUUUGGACAUUUAAAACCCCAAGUCAAUUUUAGGGUCCACUAAAAAAUGUCUUAUGCCCCCUCUAUUUCUUUUUUCAGGGUUUUCACUAACAAUUCUAGUAGUGGGUGAAAGGAUGUGACUUAACAGGAGAAUAUUGUGAAAGAGGCUCUAUGUCUGAAUAGAAAAUAGUCAUUGGCUAUCGCACGUUAGCCAGAGAAUUCAGAUUUUUCUGUAUAGUAAACCGAGAAUACUCUGUUGCCUAACGAACAGCCUGAUUUUUCAAGGGAUGUCUUUUUGAGGCUCAUGCCAAAGUACAUCAUUUUAUUUAAACAGGUUCUGAUAACUGUCCCAGUAUGUUUCGGUCUGGACGUUGGAGAGGAAGUUUUUGGCAACCACAUGGGUGUAUGCUGCAUUCAUAUAUGUCAAGGUUUGUACACUACAAUACACUGUGCUCAACAGUAAUUAUACAACAAAAUGUGGACCUAGGCUGGUUUUCACUAGCGACAGAGUCAGAGUCAAAAUCAUAAGCGGAGUUGUAAGAGCGUUUAUAUCCUUGUGAAAAUCAAAUAUCGGUGUCAUAAGCACUAGAGUCAUAAGCUUGAGUCAGAAGAAACAGAACUUUUCCAUUUUCUUUCGAUUCCGCUUAUGACUCGGUCAUUUACUGAAACUGGUGACAACCAGAUUGUUGAAGUCAGAAGCAGAAGCGGAAAGAUAAACAGGGUUUGCAAAUACGCCAAAUCUGGCGUAUUUUAUGCCAAAAUUGUUCAGAUGUCUCCACUGAGGUUAUGGAGGGAGUCACUUCUACUCCAAAAAUUUUCUGUAACAAACAGGGAGCCACUUUGACUCCAGAAAUUUUUGGUAACAAACACAGUUUUGUCCUUACCUUUUUCGCAACGAAUACAAUUUACGUUAAUUGUAAACGUUGUAAACCUUAAUUAAAUCAUCAAAAUUAAAGAAUAAAAUUAUACUGCAUGACAAAACAGGAAGAGGGUAAAUUACGAUCAAAGUUUACUCGAUGACCGCUAUCAUGGAUUUGAGCUUUCCACGAUAGUGUAUACACAUUGGGACCACAUGCUGGAAAGUCUGAUACUUGACUCCAAAUAUUCCAAAAUGACUCCAAAAUAUGUGAAGCAGAAGUCACACUGACUCCACUCAUCAAUAAAAUUUGCAAACCCUGGAUAAACCAAUCACAAUGCACGUUCCUACACUUUGAGAUUGAUUUAGUUCUUUGGCUUCUGCUUGCGACUCUGACGACCCAGUUUUCAGUCAAUUGUAAACGACAGAGUUGUGAGCGGAAUCAAAGCGCAGUUUUCUUGAGAUUGUUAAGUCUUAUGCUUAUGACUUCAAAUCUUGUGAAAACCAUCCUUUAAUCAGCUAGGUUGUUUAUAUUGUUAUCAACAUUAUGAAAUCAACUUAAUAUCUUUUCAUUGUUGCAGUGAAUUGAAAACAUGUUUACAGAAUCAUCCUGUUGCAUUUGUUGGUGAUUCAAGAACCAGAGGGUUGUACUAUGAAUUGGUGGAAGCAGUCAGCUUAAAUUCUGUCAAAGACAGUGGAAAUGCUGUAAGAUGAAGACAUACAUGUAAUAAACAUCACUGUUUGUUGAUUAACCCUCUAAGUCCCAAUAGUGACCAACAUCAAUUUUCUCCUAACAACAUCAGCAGAUCAUCAAGAGUAAAGGUUAUGAGAAUUACUAAAUUGAUGACCAAAGGGAGAAUUCUUUGAUCUUAAAGCAAAUUCUCUCAACUAUUCUUAAAAGAAAUGUAUGGAGAUCAUUCUGGAGAAAUUGUAUGUGGAUCUUUGGGCUUAAAAGGUUAAGAGACUAUAUCAUGAUGAUAUUGCUAUAAUUAUUAUAAUUAUUUUAGGUCAAUUCUGUCAUAACUUAGUGUCUUUACCUAAAUACAAAUAGGCCUUUUGCAAUAGUUGGUUACCCAUUUUAGGGCUCAAAUUACCUGCCAUAAAUAAAUAAAUUAAUUAAAAGGAGAUUUGAGGAAGGUAGUGCUUUAAGAUAAUAUUUCUUGACAGUUUGAACAUUUCGAAAUUUACAAGGAUUUGUAUGAAAGACCAUUUCAGCGUGACUGAGCGGCAAGACUUGUUUUCCCCAUACAAAUCCUUUUAUUUUCCGGCGCCCUUUGCAAUCGCUUCUUUUGAGAUAUAAGGCUGAAACUUACAUGUUACCUAAUUUACUAUGCUCUUUAAACCCGUGAUAACAAAAUUUUCAAAAGCGAACUGUUUUCAUGUUUACAGAAAGUUGAUCACGUGAUCAACUACUGUAAAAUGCCUAUUGCUCCAUUGCGGCGAAGUUCACAGAAACACGAAAAAUGCCGCGAAAUUCGGUAGAAAUCUUAUCAAAUACAUGUCUGUACAAUAUAUUUGAAACUUAUUUCAGCUAUAGGGGCUAUUUACUUGGCGUAAACUUGCAAAUUUAUCUCGGAACUUCGUCACUGAAACGUGCAAACAGAUUAUGUUGCGAAAAACUGGGCACUAGCCAUGAUGUUAAAGGCUUUGCCAUUGGUUCAUUUCUGGAGCGUAUUGUUGUUGAAAGAGCAAAUGAUGACCUCUGUUAGAAAAACGUUAAAAAGGCUGGUCUGAUCAGCGCAAAACCGAUCAAUUUCUAGCUUAAUUUGCCUUGAAAAUAACCACAAAAUCGGCCGUUUUUUACCGAUUGCUUUUCGGUGAAGUUUACCCCAAAAACUCCCGCGAAAUUGGCCGAUUUUUCCGCGAAUUUGCCCCUAAAAAUCCCGAGAAAUUUGACUUUUUCUUCCAAGACCUAUCAGAAGCCCUGCUAAGAAGACAAACCCUUUGCAUCAGCAGAAGGGUGUACAAAUUUCUGUCCCCCUAAAAAUGAAAAUGUCCCCCAAAAUUUUAGCCAAGGGGACAAAUUGUCCCCCAGUGAUCAAAUCCUAGCUCAAACCCUGUAUUUUUUUUUAUGUUGAGCUUAAAAAGGAAAAAUACAAUGGGCUGAAUACAACAAAUGGCAGUGAAUAUACUGUUCAUGUGUAAUGUAUUCUGCAAAUGAAUUAGACUGCAAAACAUUCUGUAUUUUUGCAUAUUCAAUUACGCCAGAGGAGACAAACAGAAGGUCUGGAGCAAGGCUGAAAACAGAGAGCAAGACUGGGGAGAGACGCUAAGGACAGUCAGUUUUUUCUUCUCUCACCUCACACGCCCUACAGGUGUGUGAGGCUUGCACAUUUUGCACGUGUGAGAUGCUUAAGCUAUGCUAAACAUAUUUUGAGAAGAAAACUGACCCUAAGAUGACCUUGUCUAAUGCAGUUAAAGCUCUUAGUAUAAAGCUACUCAUUAAGUUUGCACCAGUUAACCUUUGGUAAAGUUCUAAAAUUUAUACCUUUGGGAAAGUUGUUUUUUCUUUUCAGCCUAAUAACUUUUUAUGUGAUUGUGUUUUUUUUUUGCAGCAUACUGAUUUAUCUUAUAUUGACAAGUCAAGCAAUACAAGUGUGGUAUGCUAAAUAUAUUUUCAAAAUAUUUUAAUGGUAUUUAAAAUAUUUUAGCUGAGUUUUAUUUUAUGAAGUAAUUUUAAAAUUUUAGCCUGAUCACCACUUUUUAACUGUAUACAACCCUGUUCAAAACAUCUUGGGACACUCAAGGACAUUGGGUGCAAAGACACAUUUUGCUAAAUGAACUCAUUACAUGUAUAUUGUACCUCUGAAAAAAGCAAGGGAAUCUUUUUAUAAGAGCCUAUUUCUACUAACCCUCCCUCCCACAUUUGUGUCUAGUGUUGAAACAAAACUUAAAUGCAUGACUUCAACACUGCACGAGGGGGGAGGGGGAGAAAAUGUGUCAUUUUGACAUACUACAGCUGUAUUGUAUUAGUGUCCCAGGAGUUUUGACUUGGGUUGUAGCUUUUCUUGAUAAACAGCUAAUUAGUUUCUGGACAGAAAAUGAAGUUAUUUUUUAUUUUUUAAUAUAUCUCAAUAUUACUGUAAAACCCUUAAAGGAGCUGUGUCAUGAAAUUCAGCCAAAUUUGGAAAUUACAAAAUGCCCGUUAAAUUAAGAGAAAUUAAUAAAAAUAGCCACUUAAAACUUUAAAGGAAGGUUAAAACAACAUAACAGAAACAACAGAUGCCACAGAUGGGCAAAACUGAAGAAGAUUGAAACAGAUUGAAAUUAGGGUUUUUGAAAACUGUUCAGCCUAACAAUUUUUCAAAGUUGGUCCCUGCUGCUUGCAACUUCAAAAGUAAUGCUCAGGAGACAUGUUUGUUUGUCUCGGAUCUCUGAUUUUGUCAUUUACAUGUAGUUUCUUUGCUUACUUUAAGUUCCAUAGCGAUUGAGGGCGAGUAAUUUGCAAAAUUAAACAAAAUGAACUGGACUGCCGUGACACAGCCCCUUUAAAUCCUUAAGACUUGCGAGGCCAAUUGAGUCAGUCUCUAUUAAUUCUUUUCUAGUCAUUUUAUUGGCAACCAGAAGUAAAUCUUUCUAUGAAGAGCAUAUACGAUGAAUGGAUAAAGGUAAUAUAUUAUUUUAUUAUAUAAACACCAAUGAAAUACAAGGUGAGAUUUCAUGCCAAAACUUGAUAUCUUCACAGGUGAAAAUAACAUGUUAUCUUCACAUGUGAAAAUAUCACCGUUGCUAUAGCUACAUAAUAAAUUGCGCCUUUCACACCAAAAAACUAUUAAAGAGAAAUGGUUUGGUAUUUCAUUGGUGUUUAUAUAAUAAAUAGAACAUUACAUGACCACUUGGAGAUACAAAAUUUCUCUUUGAGUGUUGAAAAAAUAUUUCAUUCGUUUGCUGCGCUCACUCUUGAAAUAUUUUUUAACACUCAAAGAGAAAUUUCGUAUCUCCAUGCGGCCAUGUAAUAUCCUCUAUUUAUUUUAUUACCAUAAUAUGAAAUUAGUUGUUGAUUAAUUUACGACAACAAAUAAUGAAAUGCUGUAAUGUCUAUUAAAGCCCCUGGCAGCCUUGUUUAUUCCCAGCAUGUUGACAUUGUUUUUUAUAAUAGAGUGAGCUAAUAUUCAAUUCCACUGUCCCUAAUUAUGUUGUUAGGGUGAAGUCUUACAUGAAUAGCUUCUUUUACCCCACAAAAGUACCAGUGAGGGUGUUGGUCAAUAGACUUACAGUCAAACCAGGAAAACUGUGAACACCAGAAAUAUUUCUGGAAUGUUAUUGUGUGGCAGAAAAAAAGCCAAUCAGGUAUGAGAAAACUGAACCACAAGCAAGAACUUAAAUUAGUUUGUGGUUUUGUGGCUAGUUCAUAUCUCCUGAUCUUUGCUGUGAUUGGUCAUAACACAUUAAACAUUCCUGAGAUAUUUCAAGUGAUCAUGGUUUUCCCGGUCACACUGUAACCUCGUCCCAAAAUGGAUGAUACCCAUUCUUAUUGGCAUGUUCAGAAAUGGCUGAGGUUUGAGUUCCUGAGGGUGUCACAUCUGUCUAGUUCAUUUUGUCAAUUGAUUGCCAAUUAUGCUUCCUUAUGCACUGUGGAACUUGAAGUAAAUGAAGAAGUUACUUGUAAAAGACAAAAUCACCGCUUUUUUCAUGUCUAAAAAAUAUACUUCCCAAAACAACAAAGAUGAAGUUUGGAAAUUGUUAGGCUAACAAGUUUUCAAAAACCCACAAUUUUAAUUCAUUUUAGUCUUCUUCAAGUUUGUCCAUCCGUGCUUACUUUUGUAAAAUUUGCUAUGUUAGUGAUACCUUCUUUAAAUGUUUUGAGUGCUUAUUCUUAUGUUUCAUUCAAUUUGGUUUCAGUUUCUACUGUUAGAGUUUUGAUAAAAUUUGUGACACAGCUCCUUUAAUACCAUCCAUUUUCUACUCCUUAAAUCUGUUCAUGCAUACACCUUCCCAUUUCACCAAUGUAUAUGUUUCAGGUUAAAAAUUAUUAAAUUGAGGGUAAAAUUUUUUAAACUUUUAAUUUUCAGUUUCCUUUCUCCCCUAGCCCUAAUUCAUCAAUAAUUAGGGCCUGGGGCCCGUUUCUCAAAAGUCCUGAUAAUUAACAGGCCCGGUAAGUUCUCUCUGUUCACAUUUAAGAUCAAAGUUUCCAUAGUUUUGCAUCUAACAUGAUACAACUAUCAGUUAAUGAAACAAAAUGGAGUAGUUUGCUAGCCAGGACCCGCACUCUUAUUCUUCAUAUUUCGAUUUGAAUAUUUUAUUUCGGGCCUGAAAAGUUACCGGGACUUUCGAGAAACAGGCCCCAGGAGACAAAGGAAACUGACAAUUCAACCGACGUUAAGUAAGACAUAUUUUAACCUGAAUUUAAUUUGACCAGUAACAUAUACAUGUACUUUUCCACAUUUUUUUCCAUUUAAUUUAAUCACUACUGAAUCUUAAUGACUUUUAGAUCUCAUUUACUACAAUUUAUAGUAUGGAAAAUGCUGUUACAUGGCAUUUCCUUUUUUCUAGAAUCCAAAAGAAAGUCCACAUCUGAUCAUUACAGGCAGUGGAGCGGUGAGUGGGGUUUAACUUCAGUUGAUCCCAGUGGGGGAGGGGCACUCCCUUAUUUGGCCUAUACGGGUAUGUGCCGCUGAACAGGGUAUGGUUUUCAAAACAGGGUACACAAUUAACAAAUUAAUAAACAGAGUAUACAAUUUCACUAUUGAGCAUCUUAAACAGGGUGUCUUUUUGGACUGGAAGCCUUUCAAAGAGUGUAAAGACUUGCAAUGAGCGGUCUACAUUUUGUAACACCAAUAAUUUUCUUCCUAAACAUCUAUUUCACAAUUGUAGUGUAAAAAAUUGUGUAAUUCUGUAUGCAAAACAAAACAAAUCAGGGUCAGAAAGUAGUGCCUCGUGUCUUAAACAGGGUAGCAAAAUGAGCAAUUUUUGUCUUAAACAGGGUCAGGGUUUGAAGGCCUUGGCGGCACACCUCUACCCAAACUUCCCUUGAGUGAACCCCACCCCCCCAGGAGUUGAUAGAUAUAAUUCAUGUUGUAACAAAAAAGGGGGACAUUGGUAGGUUUAACCCUGUUAGCAGUGAUUUUGUUACAAAUAGUUAUCAUGAUUCCUGGGACUCAUCUUGAGAAAAAUCAUGAUUCCCUGUCCAGAACCAUCGAGUCCCAGUUCAAAACCAGUGAGUCCCUGGGUCUUUUGUAACCAGACAGUAAAUCUGAAGACAGACUCUGACUCUAACGCCGAGGAUAUUGACAUUGAAAAUUAAUCAAAGAACCAAAUUUGGAACACUUGAAAAUCCCAUGUUGAGUUUAUAUGAUGUGAUCAUUUUCUGAUUUAAUGGGAUAAUAAAACAAAAUAUUUAGGGCACGACUUUCAGUGAGCAAUAUUCAAAAUAAUUGCCCCCUUUUGUGCAUAAAUAGUAAUAAUCACCCCCCCUAUUAUUCGAGGAAGUAUGGUAGGUUGAUUUUUAAUUUUCUUUGUCUUCAAACUCUAAUAUUAUUUAUGCUUCAAUCUACCCACAAAAUGGCAAACCUUACUCAGAAUGAAAUACGUGCUGUGCUCUGUUCGAAAAGGCAAUACAAACAACAUGAUGGAGAAAAAAUGGCAAUGUGAAAUUCUGCACAUCGCCGGUUUAUUAAACUCUUAAAAUCCAAUACAAAUACAACUGAAACAUUCAUUAAACAUGUAUUGCCGGCGAAGGUGAGGGCAAUUUAACCGCCUGAAAAAUACAAACCAUAGAACAAGGAAGAGGCAGGAAUGGGGAGGAGGAGGGCUGAGGAAAAAUUUUUGUGUGUCAACGAGAUCAAGAACGCGACAUCCAUUAUACGACGAUCAAUAAAUACGACAUUACCUAAAGACGCCAUCUUGAAUUCAAAAUUCAAAUCAGUACCCUCGAUUCCAUGUUCCAUAUAAUGCAUUUAUGAUCGUGUUAAUUGGGGCUAAUAGGGGUGAUAUUUAUCUAUUUUACAUCAUUACAGUGGACAAUAAAGAACCAAGGCUUGGAUGCAGUUAUGAAUUAUGGACGUAAGUCUUUUAGUAGUCAGCUACAAAACCCCAGUAUUAUAGAAAAGGAGGCUGUGGAUUUAAAAUUUGCAAUCUGCAAUUUGCCGUCUAGAGAUCCAUAUCGCUCAUCCAAAUCUGUUAACAUUGACGUCAGAAUUCAUGCUCAGAGUGUGUUACCAUCGUUAGUCUGUCCCUCCUUUAAACUUAACAUUGAACAAGAUAAAAUAUGCAAAGCCUUGUCAAUCAAGCAAGAAACUGAAUGAUCUGUAUCUGAUUUUGAUCCUUUUUGCUAAUUCCUAGUAUUAUGGAGUAAUUCUCAUAGGGGGCAUCUGUUAGAUCUAUUAAUGAAAAGUUUAGCAGCAUAGAGGGGGAGUUUAUUAGAUAAAAGGCGUUGUGGGCGUUUAAAAGGUCAUUUAUGAGUUCAGCUUUUCACUUGGUUGUUCCCUGUACCAAAUUUACUGCACUCAACUCCUAAAGAACACCUGUAGGCUAAAAUGUUUUUGGUGGAUGCACAAUGAAAAAAAAAAUCAGGUCUCGAAAUUAAUGGUUAGUACUUUCCAAAGUUUGGUUACUAAAAAUGAGCCUUAGUAACCUGACAUGGUUAGUAAAAAUGUCUGUCAUAGGAAAUGUGUUUCUUUUCUGCAUAAGAAUGUGUUUCUCAAACAAUUUACGUAAUUUUAGCCAACCCAUCUUUACAUUUGCCGCAUUUAUUAGCGCUGUUUAAUCACAGAUUCUUGGAUAAUGAACUUUAUAAUUUGAUUAGUAAAAUUUAUGCCCACAAACCAGAAGGGUUAGUUAGCCAAAAAAUUAAUUUCAAGCCCUGAAAAUUAAACUUGAAUUUAAAAAUUUUCAGAUUGUCUGAAAGUCUCUUGAUGUUAAAUUGAUUUUAUGCUGAGAAAAAAUUGUUUCUUCUUGGUUCAAGCUCUGGGCUCGAGCUGACUGGACUUUUGCGGGGUCUGGUUUAGGGCUAAUAAGACUAUAAUGGGGUUCAACAAUUUUUCCUCAUGCACACCUCUCCAUCGCUUUAUUCCAGAGUACCCCCUAGGGACAAAUUGUCUAUUCAUGUCUGUCAAGUAGGUGGUCUAUCUUUUGAUGUUUUCUUUACUUGUAAUUUUUUUUUUGAUAGAAAAUUUAACCAAGGUGAAAAGUUCAAUGGAGAGUUUGGUAGCAAAGAAGAGAAAUGAAACUCAGAAACCAAAGAUGCUCAAGAAGUCAAGUCCUUUCCCACCACCCCCAGUGAUCAUCUGGAUCCAGCAAGGUACGUAGGUCAUUAAUAGAGAAAGUGUU